GUUACAAAGCAUACUGCUGCCAAUGCAGAGGAGCGUCAGAAAGCAAGAUUGUACGAAUUUCGGGAGCACUAUCUCCCUGGGUAUGCGGCAGACACCAAUAGCUAUGCGGCUCGCUCUGGGAGAGUGCCAAGCUCGACUUCAUUCUGGACCGGCCUAAUAACUUAUUCCUCAUUAUCUACAUAG